UCUCUGGGAGGCGGGGGGGUCCUGGAUUCCUGUUGCAGAAUGGGAACUCAUGUUCCAAGACUCGAUUCCUCAUGACUGGUCCUUGGAAUCUGGUGAAGGGAGACUUUCCCCAACUCUUCAACCCUUAACAUACGUGUGCGGGCCCUCGGGCCUUAGCCAGACCCUUCUCGGGCCCUUUCUGAACUCGGCCCUCGGCUUCGCCCAACCCCUAAGGUUGGGUGUUUUGUGCUAGAGGAGUCACUCAAGGAGUGCUGGGGAGAGCUGGGGUUCCUUUUCCCACAGCCACAGACGCAUUUCUCAAAAUGGAGCCUCCACUUGCCCCUCCUUCUCUCUCGGGCUCCAAGAGCGGGAGCGGGGCCGGCUGGGCCUCGCUUUCCAGAUGCCUGGCUCCGGCUCCCUGGGUGUCUGGGUCACAGGGCCCAGUUUUAUGUUGUUUCUGGGUUUAGGGGCCCCUGGAUCCGUGAGGUUCAGGGUUCCCCCUCCUCACUGAGCCUGCCUGUUUCCUUGUCUGCCUGACCCUGAAGGCUCUGCGUCUUUGUCUCUUGUCUUUUGGGUCCCUGUCUCUCUGAGUUUGUCUCCUCCCCUCAGUUUUCACUUUCUCUGUGCUCACUGAAGUGGAGAAAUACAGAGGUGCAAGACCCUACUGCCCUCUAAGAAGCCACUUCCUCAAUAUUUUCUCCAUGUCCUGGAGUGGCCUGGGAGAAGGUAGAGGAGUGGGUGUUCCAUCUGCUUUGCUCAGGGCUUGCACUUGUGGGGUGGAUACUGCUCACCCCUAGCUCCCAGCUCUUCCUUCCUCCGCCUGGACAUCUCCCUGGGUCUCAGGAUCUUUUGACUUGAGGAUGGGGGAGGGGGGGACUUAAUGAAACACAAGAAAGAAGGGGAACAGAUUGACCAGGCAAAGGAAUCAGAUGUCUUUCCUCUCCCACACUCCAGUGAGUGACAGAAACCAAGCUCCCACUCACCUCGUUGGCCCUGCAUGCCACUGACUCCCAGCCUCUCUCACACAUGCUCCUGUUCACACACUCCUUGAUAGACAUUUGUGGACACUCGCUUUUCUGUACAUACACUCGUGUAAGAUACAUGGGAGUUUACACAUAAGCUUGGAUAUAUAAGUGGACAUCCAAAUAUUCAUCUAGUGUUAGUCGCAUAUCACAAAUCCACUUAUGUAUGCAUUUGUAACUUUCAAUACUUUCUAAGAGUGACACCUUAUUUACACACAUACUCUUGUAAGAUAUGGACAUGUGAAUUCACACAUAUAUGUGAAUGUAUCCAUAUGUUUCUACUCACAUUCAUAUUUUCACACACAUUUCUAUAUACACCCUGCUUAUUUCCAUGCUCCACUGUGCACAGUCUCACACACACAAGUAAGUAAAUACACACACUCCUGCUCCUACGCGAUUCUCUGUCCACAUCUUGGCCCAUGCUCUGUGUGAUGACUUCAGCAGAUGCCUGAGUCCUGGUCUUCAGCCUCAGGAUGGGGGAGGAGGGAGUUCCUGGUGGAGACUUGCUGUCCCCUUCCAGGAAGGAGCAGGGCCUGGGAAGGUGGAGCCCUCUUCCCUGGGUUCCAGUGAAGUGAGAUCUAGGAUCAGCUGCCAGAGGUGAUGGUGGGGCUUCUACCCUCACCCGCUCUGGGUCACUCUGGGGAACAUCUAAAGCUGGAAGGUUUCGUAGAUGUUGGCAGUGGUCCUGUGUAUGCUCCUUUAGGCCUAACCAAUUGGGUGUGGUGAGGCUGGGUGUUGUGAUGGCAAUAAGCAUAAGCCUGCAUCUACCAUUGAGAGGCAGGAGACCCCAGAGGGCACCUGUGGGCUCUAGAAGAGCUCUGGAUUUCUUGUUUGGCCAGCUCCACCCUUGCCGCCUCUCUGUCUGGGAGAAACUGAGGCCCAGCUGGGGGAGGCUGGGCACUGCCUGGCCUUAGCUGUUUGUUCCCUAAUUACCAUCUGAGUUGCUGACUGCAUCCCUGUGGUUGCUUACCUCUGCCCAAACUGCCCUCUAAUGAGGCCAUCUGUCCCAGGGGACCAGGGACCUGUGCUGGGAGCUGGUAGAGAAGGCUCCCUCCCUAACUUGAGUCCUUGCCUCUGUAGGGAUGCAGGUUUGAGCUGAGGCCUGGGCCUCUUCUGCCAUGGGUCCCACAUAACCACCAGAUCUCCCCUCCCCUUGUCAUCUUGCUAGGUGGACUGAGUCUUCAGCCAUGUUCAGACCUGAGCUGGACAAUGGUCUAGGGCUCAGGGAGAACCGAGGUUCAUGCCAGUGCUCGAAGGGGAGCCUCUGGGGGCAUCAGGCAUUGUUACUGACAUCAGGAGGCUGUUUCCAGGAGAGGGACUCGGGGCCUUGCAUAGAGAGGGGGCUCAAGGUGGAGUGAGUCUAACACCACUGCCCUGCUCACAGGUUCCCCUGGAGGCCUUCGGCCAGGCCUGAGCAACUGUUGCUAUGGCCAUUGUACAGACUCUGCCAGUGCCACUGGAGCCCACUCCUGAGGCCGCCACUGCCCCACAAGCUCCAGCCAUGGGCAGUGUGAGCAGCCUCAUCUCAGGCCGGCCCUGCCCCGGAGGGCCGGCUCCUACCCGCCACCAUGGCCCCACUGGGCCCACCUUCUUCCGGCAGCAGGAUGGGCUGCUGCGGGGUGGCUAUGAGGCACAGGAACCGCUUUGCCCAGCUGUGCCCCCCAGGAAGACUGUCCCUGGCACCACCUUCACAUACAUCAAUGAGGACUUCCGGACAGAGUCACCCCCCAGCCCAAGCAGUGAUAUUGAGGAUGCCCGAGAGCAGCGGGCACGCAAUGCCCAUCUUCGUGGCCCGCCUCCAAAGCUCAUUCCUGUCUCUGGAAAACUGGAGAAGAACAUGGAGAAAAUCCUGAUUCGCCCAACAGCCUUCAAGCCAGUGUUGCCCAAACCUCGAGGGGCGCCAUCUCUCCCCAGCUUCCUGGGUCCUCGGGCCACCGGACUGUCUGGGAGCCAGGGCAGCCUAACACAGCUGUUUGGGGGCCCUGCUUCCUCCUCCUCUUCCUCCUCUUCCUCGGCUGCUGACAAACCCCUGGCACUGAGUGGCUGGGCCAGUGGCUGCCCAUCAGGGACACUGUCUGACUCUGGCCGAAACUCACUGUCUAGCCUGCCUACUUACAGCACCGGGGGUGCUGAGCCGGCCACCAACUCCCCAGGUGGGCACCUGCCCUCCCAUGGCCCUGGGCGGGGGGCACUGCCAGGGCCAGCCCGAGGGGCCCCUGCUGGGCCCUCCCACUCAGACAGUGGCCGGUCUUCCUCCAGCAAGAGCACAGGCUCUGUGGGGGGUCGCGUGGCUGGGGUGUUCUUGGGCAGCGGUCCACGGGCUUCCCCUGACAGCAGCUCCUGUGUUUUCCCUUCGGAUGAGGCCCUGCUGCACUGUGUCCUGGAAGGGAAGCUCCGAGACCGAGAGACAGAGCUACAACAGCUGCGGGACAGUCUGGAUGACAGCGAGGUGUACGAGGAGCGGCAGCGGCACUGGCAGCGGGAGCGCGAGGCCCUGCGAGAGGACGGUGCGGCCCAGGCGCAGCGGGCACAGCGGGCCCAACAGCUGCUGCAGCUGCAGGUGUUCCAGCUGCAGCAGGAGAAGCGGCAGCUACAGGACGACUUUGUGCAGCUCCUGCAGGAGCGUGAGCAGCUGGAGCGGCGCUGCGCCACCUUCGAGCGGGAGCAGCGGGAGCUCGGGCCACGGCUGGAGGAGACCAAGUGGGAGGUGUGCCAGAAAUCAGGCGAGAUCUCCCUGCUGAAGCAGCAGCUGAAGGAGUCUCAGGCAGAGCUGGUGCAGAAGGGCAGUGAGCUGGUGGCCCUUCGGGUGGCACUUCGGGAGGCCCGGGCUGCGCUGCGGGUCAGUGAGGGCCGGGCACGGGGCCUCCAGGAGGCAGCCCGAGCACGAGAGCUGGAGCUGGAGACCUGUUCCCAAGAGCUGCAGCGGCACCGCCAGGAGGCCGAGCGGCUGCGGGAGAAAGCUGGGCAGUUGGAUACAGAGGCAGCUGGACUCCGGGAACCCCCUGUGCCACCUGCCGCUGCUGACCCAUUCCUCCUGGCAGAGAGUGAUGAGGCCAAGGCACAACGGGUAGCAGCUGGGGUCGGGGGCAGCCUGCGGGCCCAGGUGGAGCGGCUGCGGGUGGAGCUGCAGCGGGAACGGCGAAGGGGCGAGGAGCAGAGGGACAGCUUUGAGGGAGAACGGCUGGCCUGGCAGGCAGAGAAGGAGCAGGUGAUCCGCUACCAGAAGCAACUGCAGCACAACUAUAUCCAGAUGUACCGGCGGAACCGGCAGCUGGAGCAGGAGCUGCAGCAGCUCAGCUUGGAGCUGGAGGCCCGGGAGCUCGCUGACCUGGGCCUGGCCGAGCCAGCGCCCUGCAUCUGCCUGGAGGAGAUCACUGCCACCGAAAUUUAGGGCCCUCGGCAUCCCAGGUUUGUGGGGAGCUCUACUGAAAGGGGACAGUAGCCUGAGGUCCACUGAGAACCCAGGAGCCACUUGCCCCCUGAGAUCCAGGCCUCUGGGCCUCUGCCAGGAACUCGGGGCCAUCCCGUAACUUGGAUGAGCAAGAUUAGACUCCUUGGAGGUCCUCAUGUUCACUGUCACCCAGAGGCUCCUAGUCACUAUUUCACUGCCCACCUGCUGCCACUCUGUCAACACCAUUUACCCCAGAUGCUCACCAGUUCACUCCGCCAGGGGGCUAGGGAGAGAAAGGGGCUCCCUCAUCUCCACAUUCUGCCCCAACCCAAAGCCAGAGAGAGCCAGACAAUGCCAGCUGCUCCAGAUGUGCCUGCCUUCACCCUGCCCUUGUUGGGGGACAGGGCUGGGACUGAGUUCUGUUCCCCACCUUCCAGCUCUGCAUCCCCUUUCCUGAGGUGAGGGGACUGUAGUCAGACCAAAGGAAAAACUCAGAAAGAAAUGUCUUGUUUAUUUGUGUUUGUGACCAAGGGGCCCCUCCCCGCACCCAGAUUUAUGGCCUCGUUUUCACUUGUAUAUUUUUCACACUGUAAAUUUCUUGUACAAACCCAAAGAAAAAAUUAAAAAAAAAUUUUGUUUUUAAAAA